UAUGUGUCAAACAAAUGCCGUCACCUCAGGUGCCGCCUGCCCUGCCGGUGCGGGGCUUGUUAGGUAGGGGCCAGUUACAAUGUUGAAAACAAGCCCUUCAGCCGCGGUUGCUGAUUUGUGCUGGCUCUCCCCCUCCGUCUUUCUCUCUCUGUCUCUCCCACACACACUCUAUCGCCGAAAGAAAGAGGGCGUAGAUCCUAACGCCGAAAGUGGCGUACUGGAAUUCUACAUGUCACGCCCCAAAGGUGGUGUUGGUUGGCACAUGGAGGUAACACGGAACCGGGACGAGCUGAGCUUUAUGUCAUGACACUCACGGUGACACCGAAAACUACGGUUCCGGUCUCGAAGCUGCUGUCAUGUUUCCGCGGAGGGGGAAGAGGGAAGAAGUAAAGGUAAGUCGUGUAUAAAUAUGUGGUCAAAAGGCUGAUGAAUCUCGUCCUCUUCAUGCUGGUCCUAUACUGCCACCAAUUCCCUCCGACAAAGCACACCUAUUAUUACCAGAAUAACAGUGUUUCCCCCUCUCGUUUAUCACUCUCUCCCACUCGCAAGCAAGCCAUCAUGGUUGGGCACGGUCGAUACACCACCGAAAAGGUGACGUAUCCAUCCCACGGCGAGAUCGUCGCCGGCGUCCUCUUCCGCCCGACAAACGUAUCCAACCCGCCAGGCGUCGUCGUCAUCGGGCCCUACUCGUUCAUCAAGGAGCAGGCGCCGCUGCAGUACGCGACGCGGCUCGCCGACGAGGGCUACGCGGCGCUCAUUUUCGACCCGCGCACCGUGGGCGAGAGCUCGGGCACGCCGCGCCGCCUCGAGAACCCGGUGAUGAAGAACGAGGACGCCGUCGCGGGGCUCGACUACCUCGUCGGCCGCGGCGACGUGGACGCGUCGAGGCUCUUCCUCGUGGGCAUCUGCCAGGGCGGGCCCGAGUCCCUCGACAUCGCCUCGUACGACGACCGCGUCAGGGGCGUCGCCUCGGUGAGCGGCUACUUCCGCGACCACGAGACGGACAUUUACAUGAUCUGCGCGGGGUGCGUCGCCUGGGAGCCCGGCGCGGACAUUGCGUCGAUGAAGAUGCCCACGCCGGAGCAAGGCGAGGCGCUGUACAAGGCACGCCUGGAGCGCGCCAAAAGAGCCCGCGAGCUAUACGACAAGACGGGCGAGGUCGUCUACCAGCCGCUCGUCGAUCCCCAAGUCGCGGACCCCACGACGGGGUCGCUCGCCGGGCUGCCGGGCCCCGUCGUGUGGUCGUGGUACGGGCCGUGGACGCUCAGGAACUUUGAGAACCGCUACGCCGUCAUGAGCGACCUGGAUCACUUCGGCUACACCACCGUGCCGGGCGUGGCCAAGCUGGACAAGCCGGCGCUCGUCAUUCACGGCGACAACUGCAUGAAUGGCCCCGCGGCGAGGCGGCACUUCGAGUCCAUCCCCACCAAGCACAAGAAGCUCAUCUGGGACAACGACGUGUCGCACUUUCAGCACUACGAUCAGCCGGACGCGAUUGAUCGGAACAUUGGCGAGAUUGCGGCUUGGUUCCAGCAGCACGGGGAGACAGUGGCGUGAGUCCGUCCGUGAGUCCGUGGCUUCGUGGCUCGCUCGCAGGGGGGGCAGACGUGAUGAUGAUGAUGAUGCUGCUGCUUCCUUUUUGCUGAGGGAUGAAAGGAACUGUAAUACCGAGAGUUUCUCGAUACGCUCGCUUAGAUGACAUGAAUCAGCACCCUCUUUU